UUCACGAAAACUUCUUCGCCAACAUUACAYUUCUAAAUAUCCCAAAUAAUAGCUUUAAAAUGAUAAGAAUAAUAGCCUAAAUGGCACAUAAUGAUUUACAACUAAGGAGACUGUAAUGUUGUUCUUACACUCUGUAUUUUGAAAGGGAGAAGUGCGCCAAAAGACUACAAGAUGAUGCGAUUCAACGACAAACAUGGAGCUCAUGUAUCGCUCUCUUCUUGCAAGACCGUCGCCACAAGGGUGAAAAGCUUUGCAAACGCAGUAGUUUUCAGUCACAGACCUUUGUCAACACUUGAAACGUUUAUGUUUGAGAUAKUUGAGCAGGAACAAGGCUGGUCAGGACAUGUGAGAUGCGGCGUAACAGCUCACAACCCUCGAGACUUCAAAAUUCCCCCCUACUUACUCCCAGACUUGGCUCAAAUGGGGAGAACCUGGGUGUUUGCGAUCAAACCCAAUAAUGAGAAACCUUUAGGAGACGAGCAUCUACGGGACGACGGAGGGCAUAAUUAUCAACGGUUAGAGGCAGGCGACGAGGACAAUAAUCUUCUCUACUGYGGGGAAACAGCGUUCAAGACAUAUUUGCGACCGACUGACAAAGGAAGUCGUAUUGGUAUACGUAGAGGAACAUCUGGCGACUUAUAUUUUUACAUAAAUGGGAAAAAAUUUGGACCUUGUGGUACUGGGGUGCCAUCUGAUGUUUAUGCGGCAGUUGAUGUUUAUGGAUCUACAAAGGGGGUAAAAAUAAUMCAAUGUGGAGUUCCAACUCUUCUCAACUUUUGCUGCAACAAGAUCAAAGUGUUAACCAAAGACCAGGACUUGGAGUCUCUUCCUAUUCCAGUUAUACUACAAAAAUACAUAGCAUCCUUUUGACCCCAAAUAAUUCAUGUACCUUUAAUCUGGCAAAUAGAGAAACACAAUUAUUUUUAAAACUCUAAUGUUUCUAAAAUUUCAAGCAAAACAGUCUGAAAUAAGUCAUUAUGUCAUGCUAAGAAGAAUCUGUUGUAUGAAUUAAAUAUAUGGUUGUACAUGUGCAUGGGUGCUGAUGUAGAGUGCACGCCAAAAAAGCGUGAAACAAUUCUUAACUAUCAACAUCUCAUAAGAUUUAGUUAUCAAGUAAGUAAGAAUUCACUGGGACAUGAACACAAUACCAGAAAGGAAACUUGUCUUUGUUUAUGCCUCACUAAAUUCUUAGUCAGUUGAUAACUAAAUCUUAUUAGAUGCUAAUUAGUUAAGAAUAAUUGUUUCACACAUGUGGCGUGCACUCUACUAUAGUACAUUAUUCAGUACAUUAGAGCCCUGUAUAUGUACACACAUAUUAGGAGGCUAGGGACAAAUCCUACUUGUCCUGCCUCCUAUCCAAGAAGAACAGGUAUUAUUUAACAAGUCUACUUCUAAAUGGAUAAAAAGAAUUCCAUCUACAUCAUCAUGUUUUAAUUAAAAAUCAUAAGAAAGUUUUGUGCAUUCCUAUCACCUUUAGUCUAUAUACAUUUGUUCCCCACCCCCUCCCCCCAUGCAUGAAUACAUUAUUUUACCCACAGAKGGGAGGGGUUGGGGACAAAAACAUCAGAAACUCACCUUAAAUUAAUUUACAUCUAAGAGAGGGAAUUGCUGUYGAUAAUUCCAUGCAUGUGAAAUUAAAUGUUUCCUGACAGAAUAAUAACAWUUAUGCAAUUAUUAGUUGUUAGCUAGUUUAAUUUAAUGUAACUUAUAAAGAAUAAAAAAAUUUAUACAAAUGA